UCCACCAACAAGAGGAACAGAUGUCUUCUGCUAUACAAGAUAAAAAAUCGCAUCUUCAUGAUUUAGAACUUGAUAUAAAAGAUCAGGAAGCAAAUUUAGAACAUUUGGAUGGUACUCUCACAAAGCAUAAAAUGGAGCUUAAGUCUCUAUUAGAGUCCUUACGUGAUGGUAAACUGGAUGAAGAAAAGUUAAAAGAGUCAAAUUCAGCAUCACUUGCUGAGUUGGAAAAGUUAAGGAAUGCAACAUUAGAGGUAUGUGCAGCCUGGGAACUUAUGUUGAAUGUAAUUAACAGUAAAGUGGGAAUUCAGAUAAUACUUAUGUUGAAUAAAACUGC